AUGGCUCAUCCGCCCAUGGACACUCAGUCCGUGGGUAGCCAGGUUGCACAAAAGCCUCGAUUGCCAUCUUUCAGCAAUUUCCUCUCAGGCACUGGUCGUCCUGACUUGAAUUUUACACCCCAUGGUCCAGUAUCGAAUCGAAACGAUUCAGCACAUCCCCAAUUGAUCAAGACAAAUCACAACCGCCCCCCUCUAGGACACCAUGUACCCCAGCAGGCAGCAUACAGUCCUCCUGACCCCAGUGUUCUGCAGCAUCUGGAUCAAGUCUCACGACGACUGUCGGUCCAGCAGUCACCUGUACGACCUACGUUCUGGCAAAAUAGCAGUCCCAAUUCUUUAGAGAGGCACGCACCAUUGCCUCCCCACCUGUCGCAGUUGUCCCCACCUGAGCAUGGCUACGGGCGUGUGGUUGUAGGUGAGAGGACAGUUCCGGGCAAGGGAAUCUGCUACAUUUACGACGACGGCACCAUGUGCCAGAAGAUCAUCAAUGGCGAUGCUGUCAAUCCCAAGUGGGGCACAACCAAGGCUGGUAAACCAAGGAAGCGUUUAGGUCAAGCGUGCAAUACAUGCAGAGAAAAGAAGGUUGUUCAAAACCUCACAUCUAAUACUAUAGAUUCAUCUACUGACUCGAACGUCCAGAUUAAAUGUGAUCCGAGUGUACCAAAAUGUGCACAGUGCCAAAAAUUCGGUCGUGAGUGUAAGUUUGAGUCAACUGCACGCACCAACCCGAAACACUCUACAAAUGGACAAUCGGGAACACCCAGCAGUCCGUCAGAAAUGGCUGGUGAACGAUACUCCCCUCGAAGGGGUUCAACAGCAUCCUCCGAACCUUCACCUAGUGACCAUAUCAGCUUGCAGCAAGGUGUCAAGUCCUCGAUGCCAGUGCACAGUCUCUUGUCACCCACGUCAAUAGAUGAUGCAGUCCAAGAUGAAGCCACAAACCUCUCGCCGCCAGCCAAAAAAGCCAGAUUUUCCGCUUCUCCUCGUCCUGUCUCAGAUAGACGACCUUCAGAUGCUGCAGGAGGCGAGGUUUUACCGGGGUUGAUAUCCUCACCAGCCUCCACAGCCAACUACUCCUGGAAGACCGAUCCUUAUGAGCUCGAUCGGGAUCUGACAUUGUACCUACUCAGUAGAUACUUUUAUCACAUUGGAUGUGCUACUGACUGCACCAUCCCACGGAAGCCAUUUACGCACUGGGUCACGACCUGUACAAAUAAAUCCUCAGCAGAUCUGAUGCUAAUCUAUGCAAUGCUGGCCAUGGGUGCACUGUUCUCUCGACGACGUGAUCUGCAGUUUCAUUAUCAACUAUUUACAGAUGUCGUGCAAGAAGCUGUUCUGAAGAAUGGCGACAUCUUCAGCCUCCAAUUGAUACACACCAGGCUCAUCCUCUCCUUGAUUGCAUUCUCCCAAGGUCAGUAUAACCGAGCAUUGGAGUAUACGGGGUCAGCCAGAAUAACUUCGUGUGGCUUGAACUACAACAUGGAAGAAGGGGUCUGUGCUAUCACGUCUCCUGAUGAACUCGUGUUUGGCUUCGAUCGAGCUAUGACCAUUGAGUGCAGAAGAAGGACAUUCUGGACAGCAUACAUUAUGGAGUGCUUUAAUGGAUGCUGCUCAGCUUCUGUGCGAGCUGUUUACCGAUCGGAUUGCCAUUUACGGCUGCCGUGUGAGCAGUCGGCGUUCGAGAAAGGCAAUAUCCCUUUGGUGGCGUUCGACUUGGCUCUGGGUGUGGACAGCAGCCGAUCAGGUUACAACUCUGGCACAACAGGCCAAGUUGGCCUUCUCGGCUACAUGGUGGAGAUGGCGACAAUAUUCAACGAGGUUGUUAGCAAAAUCAGCCGUUCCAGAACACAUUUAUCAGAGGGGUAUAAUACCUCACUGGACACAUUUUGCCGCGACGUAAUGGCGCGUCUUGAGGUAUGGGAUCAAUUCCUGGACAAAACGGUGAACAGGCCUGGCACUGAUAAGGACAACUACGAACCAAUGAGCGGGCCUCGUAUCCUGUACCACUAUACUGCGAUGCUACUGCAUCGCCAUGUCUGCCAUGCGAAAAUGGAUUCGCAAUCGAUCGUCGCUCAUGUCAGAGAAACGUAUAGGCACGCACAAGCUAUACUGGAGAAUGUCCAGCGUGUGAGCAACGAGGAGAAGAGAGAUGCUCCAAUGGCCAGGCUUGCAGCCAUGAGUCCUGUAAGCGGAUUUGCAAUUGUCGAAGCAUUGGACACGAUCACGGCGGCCGGUACUCUGUACGAUCUCAUGGAUAUGGGAGGACAGGUCAUGUCAUCGAUUUCGAUGGGUUUGGAAGCCCUCGAACGCCUGACCGAUUACUGGCAAAGUGCGCGCCUACAACGAGAUAUAACGAAGGAAAGAUUGAAAUUGCUACUCAACGCAACCAAGCGAGCAUCUGACUUCAACGGUGCAUAUUAUUUCGGCGAACCCAUGCAGAGUCCGUUUGGACCCGAGCAAGAUAUAGUGUACGGGUUGAGUCGUAUGCGCUACUUCCAAGCAUUAGGAUGGGCGGAUAGAAUCCACAGCGACGGCGAUUUUCACCGACUUUGA